AUGACCAAAUCGAGGGACGACGUAACAAUCUUCCUACUUGUCAUCAUAGCGAUCUUCAUCCCCCCGGCAGCCGUGCUCUGCGUCACUAGCUGCGAUGCACAGUUCUGGCUCAACCUCAUCCUCGAGCUCCUGACCUUUGGAAUCGCCAGCUUCAUACAUGCCAUCUGGGUCAUAUUCUACUACGGCAAAGGCGGUCACUUGUCCUGGGGACAGAGGAAGCGACUUGAGCGGAAGCAGCGCGCCGAGGGUCUCGAAUUGGUGCCAGAUGCACAGCCUCCGCAGGUCCGCAACGAGGCAUAUGCUGAUGCUCCCGCUUACAGCCCUCAUGGUGGCGGCUAUGGCGGUGAUUCCAAAUAUUCGGUCACGGGGACGUUGGAACAUAUUGGCCCCCGAGCUCUGGGUCUCGGACAUGACCGUGGCCACGGCGUGCAGUGGUUUGCUUCGAGGAGCCGUUUCGUGCUGUCUCCAGCUGGCAUCAGCCCCCCGCCCCCCGCCUCGCGCAUCCUGCGGAAAGAAGGGAGGAAGAGGCCGAGCUCGCGGAUGCAGCCGACCAGACGGAGGCCCAGGGUUGACUGCUUCCGGGAACUCGACUCACGGCCACGCGAUACGACAAGUCGAGACAAGUCGAGACAAAUCGAGAGCCGUCUCGCUCUCGCAACCGCCUUUGCCGUCGUCUUUCCUCUAUCGCUGCCGCUACUGCUGCCGCUGCUACUGCAACUGCAACUGCAACUCCUGCUGCUGCCGCUGCUCCUGGUCCAGCUGCUGUCGCUGCUACUUACUACUGCUGCUCGUGCUCGUCAUCGGCCGACAAGCAGCCACCGCCUCGCCGCCCCCGACCACCACUCUCGAGAUUACGGUGCGUCUGGGUCAAUCGAUAUCGGAGAGGCCAGAGGACCACACCAUGAUACCUCAACUCGCCAUCUACUCGCGACAAGACUCUCUGUGACGCCUGCCUACACCGACCAUUGUCUGCCGGCACCACUCGAGCGCCUCUCUGUCGUCCUGGUCCUCCUGCACGCGUCCUUUAUCGCCCCCUUCGCUGCCACCAAACCUGCACACAACCUCCAACACGGGGCCAAGGCCGGGCCACGACCCAGUACGACUUACACACGCAUCCCGCCUGCAUACGUGCUACGGCAGCCCGUCGCAUUCCGCAUCCUCACCGCGCUGUAUAUAUAUGAUAAGCCACAUAAUCAACGGCCUCUGGAGGGCGAACACGCGCUCGGGAGUGGAGACAUGAAUACGGACGCUUCCUCUUUGAUCUCCCCCUCCACCAAACCUGCUUCCCGUCAUCACCCACCCACACCCUCCGACUCCCCCGGCUGCUCCCAGAACGCCUCCUCCUCCUCCUCCUCCUCCUCCCCAUGCUCCGGCCCGCCCCCUGCCACCUCCCCUACUCCAACCCAUGUCCCUGCCGCUCUUAAUUCUCAUGAUAUCCGUGCCGGUCCUCAAAAGCCCACCCCUACUCCCAUGAGGUCGAGUCUUCCCUUCUCCCUCCCUCUGUUCUUUCAGUCCAACAACACCUCUAUUGCUUCCCUGGUGCCGUCCACCGCAGAGGGUAAGCCCAUACCCCUCGAUGACAGCACCGCAGCUCAUCGGACAUUGGCACUUCGUGAGCUGAACAGCAACUUCCCGUCGCCGGUCGCCCGCCACAAAUAUGAAAGGUCCACCGGCGCCCAGAGCAAAACUUAUUCCAAGCCCGUCAUAGUCAGGACCUAUAGCGGACCAUCUACCACCCAGGGGCAUUCCCGCUCCAACUCACAGUCGGCCCGGCGUGCUGCCAGUCGUCGAGGGCCCCCUUCGACAACCUCAACCUCCAUCUCCUACGUCUCCCCGGCUGCACACUCCAGACCUACUGGAGUGUCACAGAAUGGCAGCUUGUUGAGCAUGGCGCGUGGAAACGCUACGAAGAAGCUGUGGCCCUGGAAACAGGGCCGGGAGGAGGUCCCAGCCGAGACCCUACCGCCCCAUGACGCAUUCUCCUUCAAGACGAUCAUGGCGAACCUCCAAGCGCAGUCCAGUGAGAUGGACAAUGCCCUCGAUGGUAUUGCCCAGAUAUACGCGCGAUCGCGAUACAGCUUGAGCAACCAGUACGAGGUGCAUGUGGCACCACAUGGCUCGGGGGCAUCCUUUGUCAGCGCCGUUCCGUCGUCAUCCAUCCGGAGAAGAGGUUACACCAAGAAUAGCCAAAGCCAGAAUGGUUUGACGCUUCAGGCCAUCCAGUCGGGCGAUGAGGACAACAGUGCCAGCGCACGAUCGCACCGCAAACGUCGGAGUACCGGCCGUCGCCAGAGCGCAGCCUACGGUACACUGGAGACUAUCAUGUCAUCAAGCAGGUCUUCUGAAGAGGAGAAAACAAAGAAGAAGUCGGCCUCAGAGCUCAAGGAUGAAGUACGAGGGCGGGCCUCCUCAAAAUCAGGCCGCAGUGGUUCUGGAUCCCCCAAUACCAGCAAGGCACACAGCGCAAAUCGUCUUGCCGAUGUCACGAAGCCCAGAGAACCGACAAGGAAGAGGUCGAAGUCCUUUGCAAAUGCCAUUAUCUAUGCUGACAGCUCAAAACACCAGCAGUCAGGGGUCGAAGCAACUACGCCACGGAGUUCGUCUGCCGCUCUCGUGAGUGAACUGUCACUCCCACAGACAUCUAGCAGCCAUCUUGAGAUUCGAACGACGCCAAAUGAGCUCCUGGGCAAUGACUCUCCACGCAGCAGCCAAGCACAGUCACCUGGCCGUGGCGAAUCUCCAGUGCAUGCACAUGCGAACGGGCACUCCCGACGAGAGGAUUCUAGUGUCCCCAAUCCUGGGGCGAGAUCUGGAUUCAGUGAUUGGGUUCCAUGGAAAACUGCGUUGGCGGGCGUAGCAACCGGCCCCCAACCGAGCAAUUCCUCUACAGGCCGGAGCCAUGCCGAAGGAACCCUUCGCGAGUUGCUCAAAGGCAAAGGCAGAUCAAGCACAACGGAGUAG